UGGCCAUCGCUGAUUGGCCACAUCAUUUGCACCGAGUCUACCGACGACAGCGUGAAGGUAAUGAUGACCCCGUACCAGGUCCUCGAGACGACGUGCAAGCUGCUCGACCGCGGGGGCCUCGACCGCCGGGCCAAGCUCGAGACUGCGGGCCGCCUCACCUACGAGAUGAAGAAAGAUCCGCUGCUGCUCGAGCAGUUCCCCGUCGAGCGCAUCCAGUACUGCGCGCGUGGCCUCUUCUCGGACAACGACACGUCUAUCCGAACGGCGGCGCUGCGCGUGCUGCGCUACUCGAUGAUCAACAGCUCGUCGAUCGCCAACGCCCUCAUGCUCGGCGUCCAGCUCUUCGUGUCUCGGUCAAUGGAGCGCGAUGCCAAGCUCGUGGGCGAGCGCAUCCAGGCGCUCAAGGUCGCGCGCCGCCUCCUCGAGAUUGACGGGACGCAAAUGCCAUCGUGUCUCUGCCGGUCCAUCGUCGCGAUCGCCAACCACAAGGAAGACAACCUCCGGCGCGUCGCUCUCGAGUCGCUUCGGGAGCUCGCGAUCGUCAACGUCCAAGUUGUCAUUCAGUGCAACGGCUUCAAGACGCUUGUCGACUCGAUUCUGGACCCGACGUGCCAGGACUUGGCCGAUGCGCUGCUGCUGACGCUGCUCUACCUCGUCAACGAGCCCGCGAACCGCGACUACAUCCACUCGUUCAUUGACGCGCAGGUGCUCCUCGCCCCGUUCACCGACACGGACGCCCCCGCAGGCACCGAGCGUCGGCAGCGCUGGAGCGCCAGCCGCAACGCGAUCGUCAUGAUGAUGCGGUCCUGGACCGGUAUCUUGCUCUUGACGUCCAACCCGCAAGGUCUCAAGUCGCUCAUUCAGCUGCUCGUGCAGCCCGUCGGCGACGACGUGCAGAAGGCUGUGCUUGCGACCAUCUGUGAGAUUUUCUACAAGCCGACGUCGCUCGACAAGAGCGGCAACGAGGUCGUGACACCCAACGAGCCGAUCCCGAUCGAAGACAAAGCGGCGGCCUCGACCACAGGCUACAACAACCUGCUCGACAACUACAUGACGAUGGUGCUGCUCUCGUUCCUCCACUGCGGCGUCAUUGACGCCCUCAUCACGCUCGGCACGUCACUGAACCGGUCGCUCGCCGAGCCCGCGCUCGAGCUCCUCUCGGACUUCUUGCGCAUUAGCGCCCGGCUGCUACCGGACCAGCACUGCACCAACCUCUUGGCGUUACCGCAGCUUGUGACGACCACUGCGCUCUCGAGCUCGAUGCCGCCGACCGAAACCAAGCAGCGCGAACUCGCGAUUCGGUCGGGCGAGAUGCUUGCGGAGCUCGCCCUUGUCGUCGGGGGCAAUGCCAACGCCCAGCGAGCACUGGCUGCGUCGUCGGGGGCGUCCAACGCCCCGAUCAACGGCGUGCACUUGGCGUCCGAGCUGCUUCGCGGCACGAACCGCCCGGUGCAAAACUUUUCGACCGCGUCGCUGCUGCGGGAGGCAACCGCGACGUCCCGUGAGGUGCUCGUGCACUCGCUCAAAGUGCAAAUGGACAAUCAGAUGGACGACCAUACCUUCCGCGAGAUGCUCAUGACCAAGUGCCGGGUCCUCAACGGGAAAGACUGGUAUCGCUGGAACUGGGACGUCAUUUCGGAGCUCCUGGAAGGCCCGCUCACGAAUCCGUCGCGGCUCUCGGAGGCAAUGAAAACCAAGUUCUUUAAACGCGUCUCGGGCUUUUUCCGCUGCGACAAUAGCGACAAAGGCUACUUUGCGGGCCUGCCGUGGACGCCCGACUACGUCCCGUACCUGCGCCCGGCGUGUCAGAUGUACAUGCUCUUGCUCAACCACCCGGAAGGUCUUUCGUUCCUCAAAACCGACCGCCGUGGCCAACUCCUCACGGAAAUCGCCAGUGCUUUGGAGCUCGAGGCGCGCCCGGAAGCUGCGAUUGUCGAGUCGCACCUCGGGGACCUCCAAGCCCGCAUGUUUAGCCCCGAGUACUGCUCCCGACGCAUGCUGCGCGAGUACUUUACGCUGCUGGGUCUCAUGAGCUCGUCGACCGAAGGGCUCAAAAUGAUGGAAAAGUCCGGGCUCUUCGCGCGCUUGACCAAGAUGGGCCAAGCGGCCAAAGGGGGCAACAGCCACAUGCUGCCCAACUUUGGUGAGCUCACCAAGAUGCAGCGCGCCGAGAAGGAAAAGACACAAGGCCACGAUUUCUUGUGUCGACUCAUUCUCGCCAAUCUCGACUACACGGUUGAAGGAAGCUCGCGCCAACUGCUCCAGGAUUGGAUGACGACCGGGUCCGAGUCGCUUCGGCUCUACGCAACGUGCCUCCUCCGCGCCCUUCUGCGCUCCGAGGUUGGAGACUUUGCCAAGUGGGGUAUCGACAGCCUCGUGGCGCAGCUGCACCAAGAGCCCAGUGUUGCGCGCGCGGCGCUGAGCGUCCUCGAGGAAGCCGCCGAGACGCCCGAGUACUUGCUCGCGAUCAUCCAAAAGAAGCCGUUGCAGCUGGUGCACAUGCAGGCCGAAAGUCUCCUCCUCAAGUGCCUCUCGCUGCCCGAAGGCCUCGCCUUCUUGCGCGAGGUCACGAAUUGGAUUCCCGCGAGUUUGCUGAGCUGGCGCCAACACAAGCAGUGGGCGUACGUCCACUUGGUCGAGACGCAGCUCACGCGCGGUCUCUUCCGCGACAAGCAGCCGCCAACCUCGUCGAUGGGCAACAAGUACCAAAAGCCCAAGCCAAUUGCGAUUCCUGUGACGGUGCCGAGUCGGCGCAGCAGCAACUUUAAGCAAGGUGCGCACCGCGGUCAGUGGGGUCUCGAGUGGCUCUUCCGCAUGCCGUGGAACAUGGAGGUCAAGAUCGUCGGGCCGCCGGGCAGCGGGCCGCCCGCGCACCUCACGAUCGACACGUACGUCGACGCGAGCGAGCCCGAAGACUCGCUGGACGGCCACCGCAUGAACACGAUCCGCAUCAAGGGCGUUGUCGUGGAUGCGCGCAAUUCGCCCAAGCCGAUGACAGUCAACAGCCAGCAGACGCUCCAAGCGUGUCUGUUUCUUGGUGCGCAGCCCGUGGACCGGAAGGGCUACACCAAGCCAGCACCGCAAAGCAACGGCGGCUUUCUCAUGGCGCCGGCGAGCGAGAAGGACCCCAAGUCGGACCCGACGGCUCGCACGCGCGCCGUGAGCACGAGCACGGAUCGGCUCUCGGAACACACGUCGCUGGCCGACGCGUACGAGCCGACGGACGAAAACAAGGACUGGAGCUCGUGCGGCCCCGAGCAGCGCUCGACGCAAACGCUUCUCGCCAACGCAGUGGCGGUCACGGAGAACGAGCGUGUGGCGACGCUGUGCCCACCGGGCGAACGUGCGCUCUGGACGUUCGACCUCGAGACGGACCACUCGCAGGCCAACCUCAAGCGCGUGCAGCUCAAGAGCGUCGAGUUUACGAUUCAACUGCUGCCGAGCAAGGCGUCAACCGUCCCACUACCACCGCACCUCUAUGGUGAGCUCGCCAAGACCAAAGACGGUAUCGUGCUACUGCAGCAGUCGGGCUAUGUGACUGAACUCGUGGUGGCCGUCAAGGACGCGGCCACGGCGCCGCUCGAACGCCGCGCGGCGCUCUGGGCGGUCGGCCACAUUGCGGCCACGACCCGCGGGCUCGAGCUCCUCUUGAGUGUCGCGGAAGACCUCUUGGAUGUCAUUGUGGACAUGGCGACGUCGGCGACGAUGCUCAGCCUCCGAGGCACGUGCUUUUUUGUGCUUGGGAUCAUUGCGCGGUCGGCGCCCGGGAAGCGCGCGCUCGCCAAGUACGGCUGGGACACGCCCCGGGACGCCCGGGCCAUGAUUGCGGUGCCGUCCAAGCCCGAGACGCUCUUUGCGUGGCCGGCGGGGACGCCGCCGUCGCCGGCGAGCAUGGUCGACCUCAAGGCGUCGUUCGAGGCGCCGUCGUACAAGGCAGCGCCCCGCGGCAAGGAGAUUCUGCGCCUCGUCGGCGACUUGAGCUCGCACAUUACGCAAAAGGAGGCGGGCGCGGCGCUCAACCGCAUGAAGAACAUGUACCCGGAUCUGUUUGAGGACACGGCGCUGGCGCUCUCGGCGCACACGCUGCUGUCGCGGUACCACUACCGCCUCACGGCGCGCCAGUUUGUGUUCAACCUCUUUGAGAAGGCCGACUUGACCAACGCCGCACUCGACAUCCACUUGCACAAGCCGACCCCCGUGGCGACGCGCCGGCGGUCGUCCGUGUCGGCGCCGUCGCUGUCGUCGACGAUCCAGUCGCUCCAGCACACGCACGCGAAAGAGACGAUCGUUGCGACGUCGCGCCCGAUGCUCGAUCAAGAAAGCACGAUCUUUGUUGGCGCCCAGCAGGCCAUGGUCUAAGCAUCCGUCUUCACUGAACGAGAUUUUUCAUUGAUUCCUA